AUGGCGCACGUCCAAUUCAACACGGCACUGAAGCAGUCGUCCCAAAUCCGAAAGGAACUGGGCCUGCUGACAUCCGGCGCCAACCCAACGUCGCCUGCCGCUCUGGGCGGGCUCUCGGCCUCGCUCACGGCCUUCUCGCGCACGCUCGACGAGUACAACCAGCUGGCCAAGCAGGAGCUGGUCAUCGCCAAGCAGGAGAAGGCUUACGAGCGGCUCAAGAACUUCCGUAGCGAGCUCGCCGAGUACAGGGAACAAUUCAACGCUCUCAAGGCCGACGGCGCCGAGUCACAGUACCAACAGAACAGAUCCGACCUGCUCGGCCGGAGGCCGUACCAGGGUACCAGCACGCCAGAGAACCCCUAUGCGAACGUGGGCGCCGCCGAGACCACCAGCGGAGAAGUGCCAGCCAACAGAUAUGGCAGCGGCGGCACCAUUGGCGGGCAGCUGUCCAUGGGGAGCAACGACUACACCCGCGAGUCGCACGCCUUCCGCGAGCGCAACUUUUUCAACAGUACAAACCAGGCGCUGGAUGACUAUAUCGCCAGGGGCCAAGCUGUACUGGGAGAUCUGGGAGAGCAGAGGGAGAUGCUGAAGAAUACACAGAAGAAGCUGUAUAGUGUGGGCAACACCCUCGGCAUCAGUGGCGACACGAUUCGUAUGAUCGAGCGAAGGGCCAAGCAGGACAAAUGGAUCUUCUGGGGUGGCGUGAUCGUCUUCGUUGGUUUCUGUUGGCUGUGCCUGCACUACCUGAGGUGA